AUGCCUCAACAACCACGCCACAAUCUCCAUAGACGGGGCCAGUCUUUCGACCUCCAACGAAGCCCCAUACGGAAGCACCAACAAGGCAGCACGGUAAGUAUGACUAACCUAGGAUCAAUCCACGGACAACAGAUUUUGCGGGAAGCGCAGCAGCAACGAAUAGCAAGACCGGGCCAGCAGCAGCCAAAUAUGCACAUGGACAUCCCAAUCUCUCCAGGUUGUGGUAUGUUCCCGGCGACCACUUCAAUGCCAGCGUCGCCGUACAACAACAUGAGAAUGAAUGCAAUCAUGCAGCAGAGCUCUCCAGGCAUGACCUUUGCGCAUUCGCAACAAUACUUCACCGACAUGAACAUGUCGAUGCAGAAUGGAGUGCCAGCGGGACUCAUGGACGAGAACAGCUUACAGUAUUUCCAUGAGGCUCAAGCACUCCAAUUUCCACCAAGUGUCGGUAUCUCCUUUGACAACCGGAGAAUGUCGCAACCAGAUCUGCGGAUCCAGACCCAGUUGCGACCUCAUACACCUUCACAUCAAAUACAGUCUGGUGAGUUCUGUCUAGAUCUGGAAGAUUUCGGGAAUGUAUCUAAUGGUCCAUCAGCACAAUUCCCUCUCACACCCCCCUUUAGUCAACAUAAUACCGCGAUUCAAUACUCACGUUCAUUACAAGCAUCACCUGCCCUCCAGUCACCCUACCCAGUGCCCAUGACACGAGGCAAGUCUUUGCAAGGAAUCAUAGAACACGAAGAACUGAGAACCGAGUUCGGCGCGACGCCAACCAGACCUUCAUUUGAAAUGGCUGAAAUGCCCGUACCCGAACCCCAAAGACGAGCUCAGACCCCCCCAGCAGUCCAGCAAGCAGAGUCAACGGAGGUCAAGGUCGAAUCGGCCACAGGGGAGAUGGAUAGAGUCGAGACCCAAGUAUCCAAGCUCGAAGACACAUCUGUGCCGGUUCUUUCGACCAAGAAGGCACCUGCUGGCAGCGCUUCGCCAGGAAGGCCGGCCCUUUCACAGCGACGUAUGUCAAUCUCGAAUCUCAAUCUAGAGCCCGGCAUUGAGGCGUCGAUCGAGGAAACCAACAUUACGCUUGAUGACAUUGCACAGUUCAUCGAAGGCCCAGAUCCAGCGGACAACAAAUGGGUCUGCAAGUAUGAGGAUUGCAACAAAAAAUUCGGCCGGAAGGAAAACAUCAAAUCACAUAUCCAAACCCAUCUGGGUGAUCGUCAGUUCCGAUGUGACCACUGCAAGAAAUGUUUUGUUCGGGGUCACGACCUCAAACGCCACGCCAAGAUCCAUACUGGGACAAAACCCUAUCCCUGUCCCUGUGGAAAUUCAUUCGCUCGCCACGACGCAUUGACCAGGCACCGCCAAAGAGGAAUGUGCGCUGGGGCGUUUGCCGGUGUUGUCAGGAAGGUGAUGAAACGAGGUAGACCCAGAAAGCCCCGACCAGAGCUGGACGAACGUGUUGAGAAAGCCAACCGAACCAGGCAGGGGACCACUGAGCAACCCCAUGAUCCUUAUACGUCCUCGGCAUCGAGCUGUUCCAUGUCAAGCUGGGGAUCCCCACCAACCGAGACGAUGGACAAUCUGAGCAUUCGUGGCUCGUCACCUUUUGAAAGCAUGGCCCAAUUUGGCAUGCCACAGCACAAUCUCUUGAGCAUGGAUCAGAUGACGAGCUUUCCUCCUGACACAUUCUCCUUCACGCCACCACACAGCCCAGGAUAUUCUACGGGUAACAAGCCCAGCCCUGUCUACCGCGAGUUGACACCGGCGGAGUUAGCCGAGAUUUCAGAGCUCCAACACAGUGACGGAUCACAAAUGCUACCCGCUCUUCCGUCCAUGGACGAUGGUUUGCCAAUACUGGGCACUACCGUGAACGUCUCCUCAGGGCACAGUCUGCCUAGUCUUUCACACUCAUGCUCAUCACCCGCCGCUGACAUUGUGGCUUUUGAUUUCUCCGAUCUGUCUACCGAUCCUUCCCCAGUCACCCAUUCGCCGCAGCUGCCCAUCAAGAUGGAGCAGCAUGAAAUGAUUGAAUUUGACAACUUUCUCGACUAUGGCCGAAUGGACAUGGGGCUGGAUCCUUCGGCGCAGGAUUUCUUCACCAUUUGA